GAAGAGGGUAGGGGGGUCGGGUUUCUGAUACAGGAGCCCGCAUCAUCCCUCGCUGUAAUAUAAUCGAGUAUUGGAUCGCAGUCUUUUAUUUACUAGUGUCUCACUCAGGUAAAGCUGCGGAAACAUGGUUAGUUUUGCCAACAGAAAUGGUAUAAUUCUGAUAGCCAUUUCAAUCGCUGUCGCCUUGGCGAUCGUGAUAGGGAUAUCUCACACGCAAAAAUCAACAGCACCAUCCAUGGUUCAACGCCGAGCGGGUGAGUACUGUUGUGCUAUAUGUUCAUGUGUGUCAAGUGCGCUAACGUGAUGCAUUACAAUAGACCCUUAUAAAGCUCACUUUUAUAACGACAAAAAUGUUUUAUGAAUAUGAAAGUGAUCCUCGUAGUAAUGUACGCUACUUAAGCAGUGGUGAAAAUAAGGCCUGAAAAAAAUUCAGGCCUGUACAGGAAUUGAGGCCAUGACCUCUGCGAUACCGGUGCAGCGCUCUGCCACUGAGCUAACAAGUCAACUGGGAGCUGGUCAUUAUGUUGGAUCAGGCCUUAUUGGAGUUCAUGAGUUCAAUUCCCUUACAGGCCUGAUUUUUCUUUACAGGCGUUAUUUUCACUUCUGCUUAAGUAGUGUACAUUACUGCGAGGAUCACUUUCAUAUUCACGUCUUUAUCUGCAUUUCAAAUAUAUAACUUUCAUAUAUUCUUAGCCGUUUAAAAAUGUUUUAUUUUGACAUCACAAAAUGAAGUCUUCCUUAGACAAAGAGGGGAAAUUGGUGACGCUGUCACUGUUUUCUUUAUAUCAAUUACACACUUCUAAAACGUUUAAGAAUAUUUCAUCGCUUUUUGAGCGUUUGUAUUUUACUUGUGACAUCAACCGCCAAUAUUUUAUAUUGAAGUUAUUCUUCGAAAGUGGAACUUCUGAACAGACAUUUCUGGGUUCUUAUUUUACUUAAAAUGUAAAAGGGUUUUCGCUUUUUAAAGAAGCAAGAUAUCGAAUGUCGCUGGCUUUUAGAUUUCAUAGCCUUGCGUUACAUGCGAUUCAGUAACAUCGUUACAUGUGGCUGACUGACGAAUGUCUUCGUGUGUUGUAACAGACAAAGCUGUCCAUUUCACUUCACAUAUGUAACGCAAUCUGAAAUUUAAUUCAAAAUCAAAAGAAGAACGCUCGCUGAUCGCCCAGGCUUAAAUGUGUGAUACGUUCAAGUACAAGUGCAAGCUUCAAUCAUAUUUUUUUCUUACGAUUUUUAAUUGAGGAUUUGUCUUCAUUUGUAUUUUUUUUUUGUAAUUUUAAUCACAACACUCAGUGAGAAGAUGCCCUCUUAUAGGAUAUUCGUAUGCGUGAAGGUCGACCUCUAAAUGGUCUCCUUUGCAGCCGUUGUUUGGUCUCGUCACUCGACACGUUUUCUUUCUCAGCAAACUACGGCUAUGAAAGGAGACUAAACGAAAGGAGACGACCAAACUCCUUGUAUCGAUGUUCGUCCCUCCCUCCCCUCCCUUGUGAAACAAACUUUGGUUCUUGUCAUAGUCUCUUAACUUCGGAAAGGAAGAAAAACGUUAAAAAGUAAAAAUUAAUGAAAAAGUGUCUGAAAUCCCCACUUCUGUCGUAAAUGGGAGGAAUGUCAUUUAUUUUUCUCACCAUUAAAUGAUGGAAAGAACGCUCUGAAAGGUUAAUUGUUGAAUUUUCAGAAGUCAUAGGCCAAAUACGUAAACCUGAUUAAAAUAAAAAGUUUAAGUUGUUCUUGUCCCUCAGCAGGUGUGCCUAUUUCUCUUCCUACGAGACAGACAGAGAAUCAAUGGUUCAAAGAUGGCGUGAAACUCAUCAGAGACAAUCUGAAUAGGCAACCGCUGACUCAUACAGCAAAGAACACGAUCUUGUUCCUUGGCGACGGUAUGGGUAUAACUACUACCACUGCUGCACGUAUCCUGGCAGGUCAAAUGUUAAACCAGUCGGGAGAAGAAUAUGUCCUUAGUUGGGAAAAGUUUCCGUGGUCUGCCCUGUCCAAAACAUACAAUGUAGAUCAACAAGUUCCAGACUCCGCUGGAACAGGAACUGCCUUUUUGAAUGGCGUGAAGACUAAUGCUGGUAAGUCGAAAGAGGCAAACCUCUCUCUCUCGAGAAAUUUCUGGACGCUCAACGUAGGAAGGAAAGUCAUUUUUCUUUUUCCAUUGGUCACUUGUUAGUCUCGUUACCAGUCGCUCACACUUUCAUAUUUGUUACGCUGAAUGUUUUGCGAACGUCUGAGGAGAGGACUUCGGAGUUGUAAUCACAGUUAUCGUCCCCUAAUAUAUUUCUCUCUUUCUUCCAGCAUGUUUCCUUUUGCUUUCCCUUGAAUUUUUCUUCUAAGGGUUUGAUUACUGUUCCUCUCUACCUGAUAAUAAACCCGACCUCAAAAUGGAGGAUAAAAAUUGAAUAAAUGCGUUAACUAUGCAGGUAUACAUGCAUCCAUUGUUUUUUGGGUGUCUUGCCCAAUUUUCAUUUGGUCAGCUGGGAAAAUGUAGCUUCACAUUUGGAACAAUUACAAGCAUUGGUGUGGUUGGGGAUGUUUUACAUCCCCUCCCAAACAAUUUUCUGUGAAGAGAAACACCUUUGGACUGUCACUUCUCAAUUAAAUGGACGGCAUUGAUGUGCAAUUCUCACAACAGUAAACCAAACAUGUUCUCGUAAUAACGAUUUUCGUUGGAUAAAUCUAUCAUCCUUAACAAUGAGAAAUUGUUUACUAUGGUGCACCCCGUUUCUACUAAUUUUUCAUGUUAUCAAUCAGGCGUAAUCGGUGUAGACGAGGCUGUAAAGCGAGGAUUCUGUCAAAGUUUAAAUGAAAGCAACAAAGUCCUGUCCAUACUAACAUUGGCAGAAAUGGCGGGAAUGUCAACUGGUAUCGUGACAACAACGCGUGUCACGCACGCAACACCAGCUUGUCUGUACGCACAUUCACCGGAGAGGGGGUGGGAGAGUGACCGCGACCUGAGGCGCAAAGCAAAGGAUGACGCAUCCAACUGCACAGACAUAGGUCUGUAGUGCAUGCAAAGUGGAUGGGUAAAUCUUCUGCUGGAUUCUAGGAGAUUUUAAAGUAAUAACAGUUAAUUACCAUCGUUUGUCCCAUGGGGUAAUUACGAUGUAAAGAUCGAUGGAUACUGCACCAUGCAAAUAUUCUUAAGCUAUUCCAUGAAAAAUCCAUCACUUAUUAUCCGAUUUCCUAUAAGUAAUUAGUUUUUUGUUUGUCUGUAAUUUUUUAAUCAAAUCUUUAUUGAUUUUAUUUUCGUUUAUUUUUGGUUUUUUUUUCCUGUGAAGAAUUAAAAAAUUGUUUCUCAGAGAAAACGCCUUAGCAUUAACACUUUUUCAGUUUAAGGUUACUGUUACAUUGAAAGUUUUUCCAAGGAUAGCGAGUUCUACUCUCAUUCAAAGGAUUUUUCUCGUCUCUGCAACAGCUUUACAACUCAUUGAGUACCCGUUUGGAGAUGGAAUUGAAGUUAUUUUCGCUGGAGGUCGGAGGGAGCUUAUACCCAAUAACGAGACCGACCCUGAAUACCCGGAUUUGAAGGGAGAGAGGCUAGACGGCCGAAACCUGAUUCAAGAGUGGGUGGAUAAAUUUCCAAAUUCUCAAUACGUUUGGAACAAAACUGGCUUUGACCAGAUUGACGUCAACAAGGUUGAUCACGUUCUAGGUACGUUAUCAUAAAAUUUGUAGGGUGAAUGACUAUUUCUCAGGUGUAAUUUAGUAAAAAACUGAGGUUUCGGGCGUUGAUCCUUCGCCAGAGUGAUUGCGAAUCUGACGUAGGGCUAACGCUCGCAACGUCAGCAUUUAAACUCUUUACGGUGGCCAAUUUACGUUAUCAACUGAGUUGAUAACGUAAAUUACCCUGUUAUACUCUCCCACCGAGGUAGCACCACAGUUUCUUUAGAAACUUACCCCCUUAUUUCUCAUGCGAUUGAGGGAUGGAUGGAUUGAUUAACUGACUGAUUGAUUGAUUAGUUGAUUUAUUGAUUGAAUGAUUGAUUGAUCAAUUGAUUGACUAAUUGACUGAUUAACUGGUUGAUUAAGUGACCGAUUGCUCGAUUGAUUGAUUGAUUGACUGAUUAAUUUUUUGCUUCAUUAAAUGAAUCAGCUCUCUAUUGUCUUUUAUUCGGGUAUAGCUUUUUUGCCAGCAUCGAUCCAACUGAACAUUACUUUAUGGCAUCAAUGCUUUGCCAAAUAAAUAUUACAAACGAUGAAGACGAUGAACACUAAAAGUAUAGUAUUGUCUUCUUACUUAAGUACUUAAGAAACUGUGCAACGCUUGUAUAAUUUAUCAGGUCUGUUUGAGUACAGCCAUAUGCAAUAUGAAGUCUUCAGGAAGGAGAAUGAAACAGAGCCAUCCAUUGAAGAGAUGACAGAGAAAGCCAUAAAUAUCUUGCAGAAAAAUCCAAAAGGAUAUUUUCUCCUGGUAGAAGGUGCGUAAGAGAACAAUAUCAACUAGCUCAGAAAAAUAUUACUAUUUGGCUGAAAGGGAGAAAAUACUUUAUGACUCUUUUUUGUUUAAGAGAGCACCAGGCAGAGGGCUUCUUAUAGAGAUAAUGUUCUUAUUAUCGGAAAUGGGGGCUCCGAUAGGGGUCCAAAUUAAGGAGGGGCGCUAUUGAAGCGUUUAUAGCGAGUCAUGUAGUUUUCAUUGAGUCCUCUAUCGGGGAUAUCGAAAAGGCAGUUUUUCUCUUUCUUCCUUUUUCAUUUCAGGUGGCCGCAUUGACCACGGACACCAUGGUACAAAGGCGGUGCGUGCCCUGAAUGAUGCUGUUGCUAUGGCAAAGGCUUGUGAGAAGGCGACAGAAAUGACCAAUCGAGGUAAAUAACAGCUAUCAUAAAUCUCAAGAGCUGACAAGAUAGCUUACGCGAAAAAACUUGAUUGUUCCUUUGCUACGUCAUGAUGGUUUUAAAAGUAGAAUCUUUCUUCGUGCUAUAAUCAAGCUUGGAAUGUCACGAGUUGUCUCAGGUCACACUUGAAUAACAGCAGUAUUAAACCAAGAAAGCUUGGAUCGAGUUCUGUGUAGUUCGGUGAUAGAGCUCCAGACCCUGUCCAAAGAUCAUUGUUCGUUCUCGAUGCUUGUACUCAUUGAUGACACUAUGCUGUCCUACACCACGCCCUUGAUUGAUGAAUUGAGCUGUUUCUGUUGAGUGGCGUAAUCUAUAGUUCUAUUUUCGCUAGGAGUUAAAAUAAGAUUCUGUAGAGAAAAUAGCUUUAAUUGGUAGGGAAACAAAGCAUGUAAGUAUUACUUAAGUAUUAGUUAUGUUUUGUCGAUGCCGUGUUCAAACGGUUGUUUCAUAAAACAGAUAAACAAAAACAAAAACAAAAAAAUAAGCAAAAAGAAACAAAACCUAAACACUCUCAGCGGCCAUUCAAAAGAAUGAAGAAUAUGAAAAGGUUCCAAAGAGAGCUCAAAGAGAAAACAAACAAACUGCCUGGAGCGCGGGGAAACGGGAGGGACUAAGAGCUGAUUAGUUUUAGUUUCGCAUCUGAUUGGUGAUGACGGUGCAGUUGCAUUUUCAAAGCAAUCGUAGAAUAAAGCAAAUCACACAUAUUGUAACCUCGGGUAACUUCCGAAAUUCAACUGAAAAUUGCUUUAUCACUGUGCUUUUGUUUUCCCUCACAGAAGAUACUCUCGUGGUAGUGACUGCUGACCAUUCUCACGUGUUUUCCAUGGGUGGUUACGCUAAACGUGGCAAUUCAAUCUUUGACCUGGUAGUAAAAGUUGGCGAGACUACGCCGGACGUAGCAAAGGACAAACUUCCUUACACAGUCUUAGAUUAUGCAAAUGGACCCGGAGGAGAACGGGUAAAUGGUACACGACAAGACCUCACAGGGGUGGACACGGGAGACAGUGACUUCGAGCAACAAGCCACGGUUUGGUUAAGCUCGGAAACUCAUGGGGGAGAUGACGUAGGUAUGUUUAAAUACUAUAAUCCUUUUAUCUCCAGAAACGAACCAAUAAGUUAUUUGUUUUCAUUUUAGGCCAAUUUUACUUGAUCUUUUCAUUAUUUUGUUUUCAAGUCAUACUCUUUUGCAAUCUGUUGAAGCUUUCGAAAUUGUUUCAGGUAUUCGACGAUAUAAUUUGAACUGCAAUUUGGUCGAGCACUUCCCUAAGCUGUCACUUGAGACAGUGGUUCCUAAAAUUGAUAAUUCGAAACAAACUCAAUCAUCGAAUGAUAAAGCAAUCAUCGCGCUUGGUCAUUGGAAAGAAACACGAUUUAUCAGUGUCUUGCAGAUCUACAGUUUGCCUCAGCCUUCUGCUUCAGGGAACAAUUGAUAUGCAAGUCACUGAAAAAUUACGAUGUUUUGCUCAACCUCCUCAAAUGAUUGUUAGUUCUUGUUGCUCAUCAAUAAAUUGUGGAAUAUACGAGAGUAGAGAUAAUAUUAACCAGCUUAAUUUGUUUCAUUUCAACACCAAAUUUCUAGCACAAAAAAAAAAAAAACAAAAAAAAAUUUAUGGCAGAUAACAAGAAGUAAUAUGAGACCCUGGCAAUAGAAAGUUUAAUCAAACUUGAAACCAAAACGUGUGGGAAGGCUGAUCUUUUCAGAGUCUGAUGAAAGCCUCCCCUCUGUUGCAGACUCUAUUUAUUAAAAUUAAAUAUCAUAUUUACCUCAGGAAUAUAUGCAGACGGUCCGGGAGCCUACUUAUUCCGUGGCGUUGUGGAACAGCCGUAUAUAUUUCACGUGAUGGACCAUGCCAUGUGUUUAAGUGAUAGCAAGCGGGAUACGUGUGAUAGGCACCCAGCGAGAGAGUAACGAAACUAUAGAGCAAAUUAAAACUGACUGUUUUAAAUGAACCUCAGUGAAAUCAAAACGGCUCAUCAUAACACAGAAAAAUAUUACAAGGAAAACUGAAAACUGAAACUGGCUGACGUGGGGUCAAAAGAAAGUGGCCCGAUCCUGUCGGAUGUCUUAGGUUCCCGAUCUGAUUGGUGGAGAGGGCAGCACA